AUGAAUGACAAAGCCUCCGUUUCCAAGGAGCUCAACGCCAAACACUCCAAGAUUUUAGAAGGUCUCCUUAAGCUGCCGCAAAACAGGGAAUGUGCUGAUUGUCGGAGCAAAGCCCCACGAUGGGCAAGUGUGAACCUGGGAAUAUUUAUUUGCAUGCAAUGUUCAGGAAUUCAUCGUAGCCUUGGAGUGCAUAUUUCAAAGGUACGGUCUACUACUUUGGAUACAUGGCUGCCAGAACAGGUUGCUUUUAUGGAAUCUGUGGGUAAUGAAAAGGCAAACAGUUAUUGGGAAAAAGAAUUGCCGGCACAUUUUGAAAGAAGCGAGAUCGAAAAGUUUAUUCGUGCCAAGUAUGAAGGAAAAAUGUGGGUUGCAAAGAAUGCAAAACAACCGGCUCCUAAACUAGUUGAAAUGAGCAUCAGUUCCAACAAGUUGGUAGAAGGUGGAGCUACAAGCGAAGUUCCCAAGAAAACAAGGAGACAUUCUCUUGAAGAAGCAGUACUUUCUAAGCACCUGGGACAAAGUGCUCCUUCAGUGGCAAGAUCCCGUGGGAUUUCUUUAGAUUUGAAUCAUAAGUUUACUACUUCACCUCCACCAAAUGGGCCACCACCUAUGAUGGAAUGUGAUACAGCCUCAAACAAGAGCAACGGUACAACAGAUCUAUUCAGCUUGCUUUAUGUCCCUGAUGCAAAACAGGACUAUCCCACUCCUCCACGCUGGCAAACUUUUGAUUAUUUGCUACAUUCUGAACUCUCAAAUCCAAAUCAAUUUUUGCAGGAGAAGAUAUUUUUGAGUGAAGCCCAUGGAAUUACUGGAGUGGGCAGUGUGUAUUCCUACCGAACAGUUUUGACAGGAUAUAUACCUCUUCACCAAGAUGCCUAUAGUAUACCUUCCAGUUUGGCAAAUCCUUCAAUGGAACAAGAGUAG